CUACUCGCCGCGCUGACUGACUGCAUUGAAGGACAUGAGUCAUUGCGGCAAAAAGCGGGCCUCCUUCACCGAGACAUCUCUAUCGGUAAUCUCAUGGUGAGCAAGGACAACCGCGGGUUUUUGAUCGACCUGGAUCUCGCCAUCAAAGAGCAACGCAUUAGCGCCUCGGGAGCCAAGGGGAAGACCGGGACAAGGGCCUUUAUGGCCAUUGGGGCCCUUCUAGGCGAGCAGCACUCGUUCAUGCACGAUCUUGAGUCUUUCUUCUGGGUCUUGUUCUGGAUAUGCAUCCACUGUAACGGCCCUGGCAAGGGCAGGGUGGUUGCCGAGUUUGACAAGUGGAAUUACGCCGAUACGAAAGAACUAGCAACACUAAAAAAAAGGGCAGGUAUCUGAUGAAGGGGAUUUUAUAAGCGAAGCGGCAAAAAACUUUACACAGUAUUACUAGCUAAUGGUAGUCUGGGUCAAUAGGUUGCGGAAAGUUGUAUUUCCGAAUGGCAGGAGGUGGGAAAGGGAGGAUAGUGGAUUAUAUAUGCGGAUGAGGGAAGUUCUUGAGGCGGCUCGCAAAGCAGUCGCAGACAUAUAGCAUUGCAGGAUGCUGGACAGUCCGGGCGUU